AUGCUUUCUUAUACUUUUAACUCUCUCGUUGCCGCGCUGGCGUUGCACACCAGCAUCGUGUCGUCCCAUCGCCCUAUAACGUCCCUCAAGAGCCGCCGCCUCACAGAGUACCAACUUCCACCUGCCACCGAAACCCACGAAUUUGCGCGCAUUCCUGGCACAGACUUUGUCUUUUUGUCCCAGAUGUCUGACAGUGUACUCAUCAAAAUUCAACUCGACGCCGUCACCGAGGCUCCGAUUGCGUACCAGUCCUUCCCCAUGGGCAGCUCCGACAAGUCCGGCCUCCAUGGCAUCUGGCCGUCGACUCUGUACCCCGGGAAAGUGUGGAUGACACUUCAACACGACAACAAACUGCUUCUUGUGGAUCCUGGCUGUGCCCUCAAGUCCCCUCCGUCCAUAAUCGAGACGAUUGAUAUUCCGGCGCCAGGGAAUGGCCCGCAUUGCGUGUAUGAGACCGGCGGCCGCGUUUGGGCCAGUCUAAAGACCGCGUCAAAAGAAACGGGCGGAUAUUACGUCUUCUCAGCCAACAUGACCAACACGACAGACCAGAAGUUGUAUCCGUGCCUCAACAGCCCAGUGUUUAUCCAAGAAGAUCCGACGACUAAACUCAUCUAUGUAACCCAGGACACCGACUCGUCUAUUAUGCGGAUCAACCAAACGAGCGGAGAGACGGUACAGCUGCCGAUUCCGCCCAGCAUCGGCCGGACACCGGUUGGUAUGACAACCGUCUCGGGCCCUCUGGCCGGAGUCUGGUUCAGUCUCGCGGGCAAUUCCACAGGCGGUUCAGGCUCUUUUGGACGUGUUACCUCCACGGGCGAGCUGCAAUUCUUCCGACUCCGAGCGCCGCAACUACGUGCUAGCUCUGGUUUGCUCCACGUUGCAGACGCUUCGACGGAAGAGGGUGGCCCGGCGCUUUGGCUGCUUUCCACGUCACUACUCAGCAGCAAGUCUCCUGAUGCGUUGAUUCGUGUGUCAUUUGAUGCGGCUGUCACCUCGGUCACCGGCGAAGAGUAUAUUGCCAUGCUCACUCAGAAUGCCAUGGUGCACCGGGUUGUGCCCUUGGCUGCCACGGUGUUAGUGUCGCAGCUACAUACUUUUGCACUUGCGCAGCUUACGUACAAUAAUACGAUUGCCGGACAGUGGCUACCGGCGGACGUGGCUAACAAUACUGCCGUUUAUAAUAUGAAUGUCUAA